AUACACCCCAACUGCUCAAAGUUCAGUUGCAACGGCUGCAGUGGAUGGUUUUUAUUCUCCUGAAUUGAGAGGGGAGUUUAGGGCUGGGCUUUUAGAUCUUCAUGCUAUGGAUGACACAGAACUUCUUUCAGAGCUCAAAAUUUCUUUCUUGACUCCAAAGGUGCUGAAAGAGAGCUUUAAAAUUUAUUGUGCGAUUAAUGAUGGCGUCAUUAAUCUUGUUGAUAAGUUUUUUGAGAUGCCUAGGCAUGAAGCUUUCAAAGCCCUUGAAAUCUACAAACGAGCUGGCCAGCAGAAGAUUAUGUUGGGUCUCUGUUUCUUGGAAGAUCUGGUUUAUGCUUGGUGGUAUCAUGGCUUUGUGGGGGCCUUUUCUAUUGCUAGUCAAGGAGUAGCUCUUGGUGUUUGUCUGAUGCUUGCUACUGGUUCUGGUAUGCUGGUAGUAGGUCCCUGCCUUACAGAAGAGAGGUUGCUGUUUGAAUUCCAUCCUGCUCAACAAUUUUCAUUCAAUCUUCCUUGGUUAUGGUUUCUCAAAGGCAUCAGUCCUGUGGCGAUAUUGAAGAAUGCAGCUCAAGUGACUAGAUAUUCUGACCAAAACCAGCAGCAAUCUUCUAAGAUACAGCAAGACAUGUAAAAGCCUAAGAAGCAAUUGCAACCUUGUUAUUUCCUUCUACAAAGCCAGCUUCAGGAAAGAUAAAUGGGUGAUGUCUGAAUGCAAAUAUAGGGUCUGAGCUCUAAGUCAACAAAUGAAAAUGGAGAGUUACUAUGUGGAAGGAUCUCCAUUGUGAGGGUUGAUCAGACAGCUCGGCUUGAAUUGGGAGCACCCACAGCACAUCGCAAGGGAAGUGGAAAUUGGUCUGUGCAGAUGUUGUAUAGUAUUUUUAAGUGAAAUGUCGAUUAGAAUGCAAUGGGUCUGGUCCCAAUCACGUUUCUACCAUUGUGGUCACGCAGAAGCUACAAGUGCUGCUUCCUGCAAACCUUUCAAAAAAAAAGAAAAAAGAACAGUGCUCCUUCCUGUUUGGGUUCUAGAUUAUUAUCAAACCGACCAUUUUGGGGUAAUAUCUGAAUUUUUUAAUUAAUUUAUGGAAAAUCGAAAUAAAGAAGAGGAAAAUCGUAGAGAACACCUUCACAGCC